AUGUUUUCCAAGUACGGUGGAAGAGUUUCGAUUGCGCAUUCCCUCCCUUUUUUUUACCUUUCCUACGACCACUGCGUGCUUCCUUCUUUUCAUCCAAACGCCCAGUUGGGGGCCAAGGAAGAGGAAGAAACAUUGGCUCGGAUUUCUCCAUUAAGGAUGUCUGCUAUAUAUAUAUAUAUAUAUAUAUAUAUUUGUUUAUUUGCUUGUUUUUUUGUACCCUCCUCCAAUUUUUGUUUUCCUCACCAUGCGCAUGUUUUCUUCUUUCCCUUCUCUCUUUUCUUGGCUAUAUGCCCGCUGACUGUUUUGGAGGCGGUAAGGACAUCAAACGAAGAAAAAUUCAGUGCAGGUGACAAAACAAAAGCAAGUACGACUCAGCAAUACGUAAGUGUAUAUGUAUUUUCUCGCAUAUGUGUAUUAACAUAUUGCUCCACCCCCAUUCAGCUUAUGCACCUUUUCCCUGUAUUUCUGUAUAGUUUGUGCUGCAUUGCCGUUAAGUUCACCCUUACGAUGCCAGCGGUGAUGAUCUUUUUUUUCUUCUCACCAUUGCUUUCCUCCUCCUCCUCCCCUUUUUUGUCUCUUGUAUUUGCAGUGGCAUCGUUUCUAACGGCCAUGCGGAUCACAAUUUUGUACCGACCGCACGGACAUGCACUCACGCUGCCACCACUACUGCUGCAGAUGUCACCCGCAGACACUCCGGUGUCUCCUUAG